AUGGAGCAAAACGUCCUCGAUUGGAUGCACAGAGAGGCUAACAGAGCAGCAGAUAAAAACGCAGACUGUGAAAAGAAAAUAAAGGAACUCGAGGGACGUCUGGACGGAUUACUGGACUCGUGCAAAGUGCUGUUGAAUGCGCGAAAAACAGUGCUGCAGCAGUUUUCCAAGUGCGACAGAAACGUCCAGCAACUCAACCGCGAGUUCUUCCAACAAAGCCAGGCAAACCGCGCUCUACUAAAAGAAAUCGAGGAGCGUGCCAAAUCGAUUGAGAUGUACGAGCAAAAGCGGCUUCAAUGCGACAAGAAAAUUGAGGAAGAAGAAAAGUAUAUGAAGAUUCGCGAGGAGGCGCAAAUGCGUCUCUGGGAAAUGGGUGUCCAGUCGAUCGCCGAAGAAGAGUCCGAAAAUGUGGCUCCCGCGCAGUCGAAACACUUCCGGCCACCCUGA